GCACGGAGCGAGGAUGACGGACCUGCAGACCUCGAUAUCGACCAUCAUCUCCGUGUUUCAGAAGUAUUCAGAGAAAGAGGGAGAUAAGCACAAGCUGAAGAAGAGCGAGCUGAAGGAUCUGCUCAACGACGAGCUGCCCGACCUGAUGGCGCACGUCAAAGACCAGACCGCCUUCGACAGCCUGAUGGAAACUCUGGACACCGACGGCGACUCUGAGUGCGACUUCCAGGAGUUCAUGACCUUCAUCGCCACGGUUACCAUCUGCUGUCACGAGUUCUUCGUGCACGAGGACGAAUGAGGCGGUGGCAGAAGUGCAUGAUGGGAAAACAAAAGUCCAGUCCGCUGGCUGACACAUAACCCAGUUUUCUAGUCACUUUGUCUGAAAUUGUCCAAAUACCUUUAAAAGUCCAGAUGAUGGUUAAAGGAAACAACAUUGACCUCCCCCAGGUGGC